AUGGCGCCGGAGGAUGAGGAGAAGACGGCUUUCAUCACUGAUGGGGGCACCUAUUGUUACAAGGUGAUGCCCUUUGGCUUAAAGAAUGCUGGUGCAACUUAUCAGAGGCUGGUCAGUCAGAUCUUCAAAGAUCAGAUAGGUCGAAGCAUGGAGGUUUAUGUAGAUGACAUGCUAGUAAAGAGCAAAGUGGCGCAAGACCAUGUGACCGACCUCAGCAAAGCAUUCUCCAUACUCCGGAGGUACCAAAUGAAACUCAACCCGGCCAAAUGUGCGUUCGAAGUCACCUCGGGCAAGUUCCUUGGCUUCGUGAUCUCUCAGCGGGGAAUCGAGGCUAACCCCGAGAAGAUCCGAGCGCUCCAGGAGAUGACGCCGCCGAGGACAGUGAAGGAAGUGCAGCGGCUUACGGGCCGGGUCGCAGCCCUCGGAAGAUUCGUCUCCCGAUCGGCCGAGCGCUGCCUCCCGUUCUUUGCGGCCCUCAAGAAGCCAAAAGACUUCUUAUGGUCGGCCCAAUCAGUAAGCUCAGUCCUGGUCCGGGAGGAGAGCAAGCUCCAGAAGCCGGUGUAUUAUACAAGCCGAGUCUUGAGGGGUGCUGAGACCCGAUAUUCCAAGCUGGAAAAGACCGCUUAUGCCCUGGUCGUCUCAGCUCGAAGGCUCCGGCCGUACUUUCAAGCCCACACAGUGGCCGUGCUGACCGAUCAACCGGUGAAGCAGAUCCUGCAGCGAUCAGAUCGCGCCGGUCGGAUUACAAAGUGGGCCAUCGAGCUCGGGGAGUUCGACAUCGAGUACCGACCCAGGCCAGCGAUCAAGGCACAGGCGCUCGCCGACUUCAUAGUCGAGUGCACAGUGCCGGACGAGCCCGAAGCCAGGCCAGCUUCAGACGAGCAGACCUCAACCGAGUACGAAGCACUUGUCGCCGAGCUCAAGUUGGCCAAGGAGCUGGGAGUGAAGGACCUAAGGGCCUUCAGUGACUCCCAGUUGGUCGUGAACCAAAUCUUGGGUGAUUUUGAGGCCAGAGAGCCCACAAUGCAGGAAUACUUCCGGAAGGUGCGGGACCUCACCUCGGCUCUGGACUCCUUCCACAUCCAACACAUCGCUAGAACGGAGAACUCCAGAGCAGAUCAACUAUCGAAGCUGGCGUCCUCCUGCAUGAGCGAACUUCCAAAGGCGGCAGCGCUGGAGUAUCUCCAAAGACCUAGCAUGGAGGAGCCCGAGCCGACCCUUUGCAUCGAAGUUGUGCCGAGCUGGAUGGAUGAGCUCGUCAACUACUUGCGGGAUGGAGUCCUCCCCAGCGAUGAACGCGAAGCUCGCCGAGUCAAGCGCCUGGCUGCCCGAUACAUAUUGUACGAAGGUAAACUCUAUCGAAGAUCUUUCACCUCUCCCCUCCUCAGGUGUCUCCGCCCGUCCGAGGCGGAUUAUGCAAUGCGCGAAGUUCACGAGGGGAUUUGUGGAAGCCAUAUGGGGGGACGAGCAUUGGCGCACAAGAUUCUGCGCCAAAGAUACUACUGGCCGACGCUCCAGAAGGAUACCCUGGACUUCAUCCAGAGGUGCGACCGGUGUCAGAGGAACGCCAACAUCCAACGACGACCCUCGGCCCUGCUGACCUCGAUCAGUUCCCCCUGGCCAUUUGCCCAGUGGGGGAUUGACAUCUUGGGACCAUUCCCUUUGGCGACCGGACAAAAGAAAUUUAUAGUUGUCGCCAUCGACUAUUUCACGAAGUGGAGGCUCAAGGCCAGGCUCGACCGGUCCAAAGGACAGUGGGUCGAAGACCUGUAUAACGUCCUCUGGGCCUACCGGACUACGUUCCGGGUGCCCACCGGCGAAACCCCCUUCAAUUUGACGUACGGAACAGAAGCCGUCAUCCCCCUGGAGAUUGGGCUCCCUUCUUCGAGAGUAGAACAUUUUGAUGCCAGCUCCAGCUCCUCGCAGCUCAGAAACAAUCUUGACUUAGUCGAGGAAGUAAGAGAAGCCGCCCGAGUUCGCAUGGCAAAAUACCAGCAAAGGACGGCGCAGUACUACAACGCCAGAGUCAAGAUCAAGUCCUUCAAAGAGGGGGACCUCGUCCUCAGAAAGGCGGAGGCCUCCCAGCCGACCGAGCAAGGGAAAAUGGCCCCGAACUGGAAAGGACCCUACCAGAUCGCACGUGUCCAGCGACCCGGAGCUUACAAGCUAAAAUCCCUUGGCGGGACUCUCAUUCCAUGGAGUUGGAGCUCCGAAAACCUUCGGGUGUACUACCAAUGA